GGGUUCGGGCGUUGUUGGCUGUGCUGGAGCUGAAGCCGGAGUCAGGAGUCCAGAGAAGCCGGAGCAGACGGGGCCGGGCCGGGCCGGGCCAGGGCCUGAGCACGGGACCGGAGUCCCAGGUCUCAGGUCCCAGGUCCUAGGGCGGGCAGGACCAUGGGGAAGCUCCAGCUCUUUGAGAUCUACCUCAGCAACAGCCGCGUCAUCUACAGUCCGGGGGAGCCGCUGUCCGGAACUGUGAACCUGCGGCUGGGAGCUGCGCUGCCUUACCGAGCCAUCAGGGUGACCUGCAUAGGAUCCUGUGGAGUAUCCAGCAAGGCCAAUGAUACUUCAUGGACAGUGGAAGAAGCAUACUUCAACAGUACAUUGUCCCUGGCUGACAAAGGAACCUUAUCUCCUGGAGAACAUGCCUUCCCCUUCCAGUUCCUGUUGCCAACCACAGCACCCACAUCCUUUGAGGGUCCCUUUGGGAAGAUUGUGCACCAGCUGCGGGCUGUGAUUGACACCCCACGCUUCUCCAAGGAUCACAAAUGCAGCCGUAUCUUCUAUAUCCUCAGUCCGUUAAACCUCAACACUCUCCCAGACAUCGAGCAACCCAACGAGGCCACGACCACCAAGAAGUUCUCUUACAAGUUGGUGAAGAGUGGAAAUGUCAUUCUCACUGCAAGCACCGACCUCAGGGGCUAUGUGGUGGGUCAGGUGGUCCAGCUCCGGGCAGAUAUUGAGAACCAGUCUGGCAAGGACACAGGGCCAGUGGUGGCCAGCCUUCUGCAGAAAGUAUCCUACAAAGCCAAGCGCUGGAUCUACGAUCUCCGGACAAUCGCGGAAGUUGAAGGCUCGGGGGUGAAGGCCUGGAAGCGGGCCGAGUGGCGGGAACAGAUCUUGGUGCCCGCCCUGCCGCAGUCAGUGUUGCCUGGCUGUAGCCUCAUCCACAUAGACUACUUCAUCCAGGUCUCACUGAAGGCACCUGAAGCAACAGUGAACCUACCUCUUUUCAUUGGCAACAUUGCAGUGAAUAGCCCUCCUCUGAGUCCUGGCCUGUGCCUGUCCGGGCUCCCACCUCCCCUGGUGCCCACUGCGCCACCCGAGGACUUGGACGCGGCGGCCAGUGGGCCUUGUCCUGUGGCCCAUGUCUCCCUCCCUACCAAGAGCCACUCCCAGCAGCAGCAACAGUCUGCAAGGCCCUUCAGCUACACGGCCGGCCUGAGCUCCCCGGAGGCUGAGCCAGGCCCCGAGGAGGGCUCCCCCGGCCGCCGGCGGCCGCCCCUCUGCUUGUCCACUGGUGCCACCGUUCCCUACUUUGCUGAAGGCCCUGUGGUACCUGUGCCUACUGCCAGCAACCUGAUCUUGCCACCGGAGUACAGCACAUGGGGCUAUCCCUACGAGGCCCCCCCCUCCUAUGAACAGAGCUGCAGCAGUGCCAACCCAGGUUUGAGCAACGGGAACUGACUUGUGGAUGCUUCAGCCCUUCUAGACGGCCUCCCAAGGCCCUUGUCUCCGGCCAAGUCUCCUGUGCUGGGAAGAGGAGGAAGGUUUGGCCUGGAGGAAUGAACCCCACCCCCUCGGGGCCAUCUGACCUCUGACUUUGUAUCUUCUUGGAGAGUCCCCCAUGCCUUAAACCCUGGCCUCUCUGCCUGGCCCCUGGGGCUAUUAUUCUGUGGUCUUGGGGCUCCAGUCAUACUGUGUACCCCCAUUUCCCAGGUAGGCUCUAGGGCCCGAGAAGGGCUGCCAUCCAACCUGGCUCAAGUGCAGGGAGGGCUGAUUUGUUUAAGGGCAGGGUCGUCUUAUUCCCAGGACUCAAUCAUCCUGGGGAAACUUUCACUGGCUCUCCCUCUCGUGCCUUUUCUUCUGGGCUCUUGCUGGGUAAGUUAAUCUCACUGUUGUAGCCCUGGCUUCCUCGGAAAGCGGGAAGAGCUCUGCUGAAAUUCUAAUAUGGCCAGGGUCUGUCCAUUGUGCAACCAGAGCUGGGGCAGGAGACACCAGCAGGUAGUUGUACCUUCCUGUCCCCAGGUGGGACUAGGGAGAGAACUGGGCUGCCUAUCCACCAUUCUCCCUGACUUCUGACUGGAUUGUAGCCUGUAAUUUCCCUCCCCUUGACUAAUACACACACACGCUGGUGCUCAACGCUUUCUCCCUUUUAGACUGAGGUUUCCCUUAGGAGCUUCUCCUGGGGCAUGCUUAGGAUAUGGUGGUCCGUUUCCUUGUGUCUGGGAGAGCCAGCAGCACGCUGAUGAUCUGUAACCCAGAAACCCUGGCCUUUGUCUUUGGGCAUGGGCUCAGUGAUUUUUGGCUCCAGUCUGGCCAAUGCCUCUUUAAAGCCCGUGUUAUGCAAGAGGUUGCUUGGCAAUUUGGCUCCUGGGGGCCAAACUGGUCUCAAGCUUGAGGAAGGCUUUAGGAGCUAUUGGGAGUCCUGUUACUUCCCAGGCUCUGUUUUAUUCAGCCCCCUCCUCCCCUUCCUGUUUCUUCAGGUAUUUAUUGAUAAACAUAUACCCACACACACACAUACACUGACACACACAUUUCCUUCCAGCCUUGGAGGCAUGAAAAUCUACAUGUAAAUAAAGUCUUUGUUUUGUAA